CACUCCGUACUCGUACAACGCGUCUCAGUCCGUGACGUAUUUACGACUGGGUCAUUUAGUGCUCACAUUAACGAGCUUUGUUUGAAAGAAAAUAUUAUGUAUCACAGUACCAGAUAAUUGUUUGUUACUUGGUCACUCAUUAAAACCACUCUUGUCUUUAUUAGACAUCUGCAAUUUGGACAAAAAUGACCGAUCUGACAGAAUCUCUGGUCAAAGAAGGCUGGUACCUCAGUGAUGAAGGCAUUGCAGAAUUGAAAGGAUCUGCAGAGAAAGUUACACCGAGUGACCUUAUUCGCAUUGCACUUGAUAGUGAUCUUAGGCCUAUUGGGAAAAAGGUUCUUCCAUCUGAUAUAAAUGGUGGAAGAACUGAAAAGUUGGAGGGUCCAUGUGUCCUCCAGGUGCAGAAAGUGAGAAACAUCUCGUCUCCCAAAGACCAUGAAGAGUCCCAGGGAGCACCGAGAAUGCUGCGUCUCCAAAUGACAGAUGGGCACACCACCUGUGUUGGACUGGAGUUUAAACAUCUGUCCAAAAUCAGUUUGAAUACACCUCCCGGGACCAAGGUGAAGCUUGUCGGUUCGAUCCAAGUUAAAAAUGGUAUUUUGCUGCUCGAAGACUCAAACAUCCACGUGCUUGGGGGAGAAGUGGAUCAUAUGGUGGAGAAAUGGGAGCUACAAAGGAGUCUGGCCAAACACAGCAGGAGUAACAUUGGAGCAGAAGGCGGACCUCCACCUUUCGUGCCGUUUGGUCAGAACUGUGGAAGAAAGGAUGACGUAGACAGCAGGGAACUAGAUCAGAGGAAAACCCUGCAGACUCAAAAUGUGAUCAAAAGCACAGAGGAGAACGACGAGUUCGAAAAGCAGCGGACGGCAGCUAUAGCUGAAGUUUCGAAGGCUAAAGAAGGCCCGCGCACAUUUGGCGGUGGAGGAAAUGCGGGCAGUAAUUUAUCCAAUGCAGCAUCCUUCACUCGAAGCAGAGACUUUCACCAGCAAAGGAGGCGAGAAGACAGGCCAGAAAGAGCAGAAAGCAGACAAGAUGGAAACUAUAGAGAGCUGGUGGAUGAACGGGCUCUGAGAGACAUCAUGGAGAUGGGCUUUAAUAGGGAGGCUGCCCGACAAGCUCUGAUGGAUAACAAUAACAACCUUGAAGUAGCACUAAACAGCCUACUGACCGGAUCUUCCGGUGGCAGACCUGCCUCAGUGGUCCCUGAGCCUAACAAGCCGCAACUUAGAGGUUCAUAAACACACACGCACGCACACAAACACGCACACUGGAGCACAGAUAACAUCCCGCGCCCUGCAGUGCUUCUGGGAUCUACAAAGUUGGCAGAGGUUAGGAAAAGGUUGGGUAGCAACGUGGCGGUCCCUGAAAUGCGCUGGAAAUCACCAGAAGCCUAAUUAACGGUCCACGAUGGCUGUGCUGCGGGUUUUAGUUCAUUUAUCAAGAACUGCUGUAAUGCUGACUUUCCCCCCCUCUAAGCACACGAUAAGGUUUCAGUUGGAUAUUGUUUUACCUUGGUUACUUUAUGUACGUUUCUCAGCGCUAAAAAUCGUCCUGCAGCAACUUGAAACUUGUUUAAUCAUCCUAAGCUUCUUAUAAAAACUUUAUUGUUGUUGCUUCAUACAUAAAUCAUAAUCAGUCCAGAGGGCUUUUCUCUCUGAUCAAAGCUAUCAUGGCUGGUCAGGAUGGGCAAAGUCUUAUAACGAACACAAACCAUACAUAUUCACAGACUUGCAUAAAUAUACACACACCUGCGACCCCUUUCCAAAACUCCUAGAUAAAUGAAUGAACAUCGUCUGAAACAUCAUGUGGGUAAAAACAUGUUUCCCCAAUUAAAUUACACAGAAUGGUGUAUUUUAGGCAUUUAUUUCAGUUAGCUUUGAUAAUUAUGGCUGGUAGAUAUUGAAAGACCAAAAUGUAGUUUCUCAAAACAUGUGAACAUUACAGAGCACCAAUGAAAACUGGACUUUAAAUGCAGAGUUGUUGGCUUACUGAGAGGUAAGUACAGUAGAUGCACUCUACUGUACUUAGUUGGAGCUCCGUUUGCAUGAAUUACUGCUUCUUUCCUUAGUGGCAUGAAAGCAAUCAAUUUGUGGUUCUGCUAAAGGUUAGAAGGAAGCUCAGGUUGCUUCAGCUCUCCCGCCUUCUGGGUUCUUGUGUCCUUCGUCUUUAUCUUGACCAUACUCCAUAGAUUUUCUGUGAGUUUUGUGCCUGUGCAGUUGGCUAACUAUUAAAGCACAGUUAUAACAUGGUCAUUAAUCCUGAUAUUAGUCAGUGGUAUUCAGUGUGAGUAGGGCUGGAACGUAUCAUAUCAGUCACAAUAACAUCAGUAAAAAAAGCUAAAAAUCAAAGCACUGACAGUCAUUUCAUUAGAAAUGUC